GCCCGAGCAGGGGGGACCCCGAGCCCCCCGGGAGCAGAUCCCCCGGCGCGGGGCGGGCCCGGCUGCGGGAGGCGGCGCUUCUCGGCGGCUGCGGCCUGCGAGGCCCGGGCGGGCCCGAGCGGCACUGGGGAGAUCAGCCUUGAGUGGGACCCCCGAACCCAUUCACCCACCACGGAGUGGCCGGUUGGGGUGAGGCCCCCGCAGAGAUUCAGCUGUUUCCUGCCUGCAGCCCUGUCUGGAUUUCCAACCACCUGACCCCCGUGGGUUCCCCAAAUCCAGAUUCCCAUCCCCUGUCUCUGCCGAGAAGUGGGAGGUCUUCGUCUGGGGUGACCCAAGGGGGCAGAGAUGCUAUCGUCGGAGAAGGAGCGCAGGGCCAAGAGGCGAAGCAGAGACCCCUCCCCGUCCCGGGGGCAGCAGGGCGGCCACUGGGACUGGAGCUGCCCCGAGAUGCGGCGCCGGCUGGAGGAGCUGUAUUUCCGGGAGCAGGAUUACAUCCGGGCGGGCUCUGAAGACAGCCGCCAGUUCUGGGCCUUCUUCGAGCGGCUCCAGCGCUUCCAGACCCUGAAGGCUAAGGGGGAGCCGGCGGUGUGGGCUCCCCCGGCCCGGGCUGACCCCUCUGCCGCCCCUGGGCUGGCUGGCCUCCCACGGGAGUACGACCCGUGCUACCGCAUCAACCUGUCGGUGCUGAGCAGGGACGUGGAGGGGCUGGCGCGGGGCAGGAGCGGGGGUCCGCGGCAGGGCCCAGGGGUGCCGGCCGAGCAGCGCUCCCAGUUCCGUGCCGCCCUGCUGCAUUACCUGGACUUCGCCCAGAAGCAGAGCUUUGCCAAGCUGGCCAAGCUGCAGCGGGAGCGGGCGGCCCUGCCCAUUGCUCAGUACCGCGACCGGCUGCUGCGGGCUGUGGCCCAGAACCAGGUGGUGGUGGUAGCCGGCGACACGGGCUGUGGCAAGUCCACACAGGUCCCCCAGUACCUGCUAGCGGCUGGGUACAGUCACGUGGCCUGCACCCAGCCACGUCGCAUCGCCUGCAUCUCGCUGGCCAAGCGGGUGGGCUUUGAGAGCCUGCACCAGUAUGGGGCUGAGGUGGGAUACCAGAUCCGCUUCGAGAGCACCCGCUCCCCGGCCACCAAGAUCGUCUUCCUGACGGAGGGGCUGCUGCUGCGGCAGGUGCAGCGCGAGCCGGCGCUGCCCGGGUACCAGGUGCUGAUUGCCGACGAGGUGCACGAGCGGCAUCUGCAUAGCGACUUCCUUCUGGGCGUGCUGCGCCGCCUGCUGCCCGCCCGCCCCGACCUCAAGCUGGUGCUCAUGUCGGCCACCAUCAACAUCCGCCUCUUUGCGGGGUACUUCGGGGGUGCCCCCGUGGUGCAGGUGCCCGGCCGGCUCUUCCCCAUCACGGUCGUCUACCAGCCCAUCCCCCAGGAGGAGGCUCUGGCAGCGAGCAGGAAGCCGGAGCGGCUGGACCCCCGGCCCUACCUGCGGGUGCUGCAGGCCAUCGACCACAAGUACCCGCCCGAGGAGCGGGGCGACCUGCUCGUCUUCCUGAGCGGGGUGGCGGAGAUCAGCGCCGUGCUGGAGGCGGCCCAGGCCUAUGCCACCCACACCCAGCGCUGGGUCGUGCUGCCCCUGCACAGCACCCUCUCCAUUGCCGAGCAGGACAAGGUGUUUGACAUGCCGCCCCCAGGAGUCCGGAAAUGCAUCGUCUCCACCAACAUCGCCGAGACCUCGGUCACCAUCGAUGGGGUGCGCUUUGUGCUGGACUCUGGGAAGGUGAAGGAACUCAGCUACGACCCCCAGGCCAAGCUGCAGCGGCUGCAGGAGUUCUGGAUCAGCCGGGCCAGCGCCGAGCAGCGGAAGGGGCGUGCGGGCCGGACGGGCCCCGGGGUCUGCUACCGGCUCUAUGCUGAAUCUGACUACGACGCCUUCGCCCCCUACCCGGUGCCGGAGAUCCAGCGCGUGGCGCUCGACGCCCUGGUGCUGCAGAUGAAGAGCAUGGGGCUGGGUGACCCCCGGACCUUCCCCUUCCUGGAGCCGCCCCCCCAGUCCAGCCUGGAGACAGCCGUGCGCUACUUGAGGGAGCAGGGGGCGCUGGACAGGGCCGAGAGCUUGACGCCCAUCGGGAGCCUGCUGGCCCAGCUGCCCGUGGACGUGGUGAUCGGGAAGAUGCUGGUUCUGGGUGCGCUCUUCGGGCUGGCUGAGCCGGUGCUCACUGUGGCGGCAGCGCUGAGCGUGCAGUCCCCAUUCCUGCGCCCCACACGCACCAACCCGGACUGUGCCACGGCCCGCCGGCCCCUCGAGAGCCCCCACGGCGACCCGCUGACACUGCUCAAUACCUUCAACGAGUGGGUGCAGGUGAAGUCGGAGCGGGCUGGCAGCUCCCGGAAGUGGUGCCGGCGCCGGGGGCUGGAGGAGCACCGGCUCUACGAGGCGGCCAACCUGCGGCGCCAGUUCCAGGAGCUGCUCCGGGACCACGGUCUGCUGGAGCCUGUGCAGGGGCCCAGGGACAGCUACGCCCGGCAGAGCCGACACCGGGAGCGCCGGGAGCUGCACCGGCUGCGGCAGCGGCAUGAGGAGACGGAGGGGCGGAAGCGCAAGGUGCUGAGGCUGCAGGAAGGGGAGGCCGGCUCCUCCAGCGACGAGGGUGCCAGCAGGACCGGGCCGUCAGGCGUCGAUAUCCAGGACGUCAAGUUCAAGCUACGGCACAACGUGGACGAGCUCCAGGCUGCGUCCGGCGCGGCCCUGUCCUCCCACCAGCUUGCCCUGCUCAAGCUGGUGCUGUGCAGGGGUCUCUACCCCCAGCUGGCCGUGCCCGAUCAGUACAACAGCUGCCGCAAGGACUCUGACCAGAUUUUUCACACCAAGAACAAGCAGGGGAUUGUCCUGCACCCGACCUGCGUCUUUGCCAGCAGCCCAGAGCUGCUGCAGGCCACAGAGGAGAAGGCAGAGCCCGGGAGGAGCAGAGGUUCCCAGGAGGGGCUGAGCAGCCGGCACCAGCUCCUGGCCUUCGUCUCGCUGCUGGAGACCAACAAGCCCUACUUGGGGAACUGCCUGCGGGCGCCGGCCCUGCAGGCUCUCCUACUGUUCUCCCGUGCCCUGGACACCAACGCUGACUGCACGCGGCUGGUGGCAGACUCCUGGCUGGAGCUGUGCGUGCCGGACAGCGCGGCGGCCCUGCGGCUGCUCUCCGCAGCCCUGCAGCUCCGCGCCGCCUGGGAGGGGCUCCUGAACCGGCAGCUGGAGGGGAGGCGGGGGGAGCCAGGGCACAGGCCGGACCCUCGGGAGGUGGCGACGCUGAGGCAGGGGCUGCUGGAGUUCCUGCAGCAGAAGGUGCAGUACAGCCUGCGCCGGCUGACGGCGUUGGAGAAGCAGAACGGCUACGUGGGGCCCCAGACGGUGGCGGCCGCGCCGGGGCUCCCGGGGCUGUUCCAGGGGGCAGAGAUGACGCCGGACGAGGAGAAGGGCGGCUACAGGGUGGCUGAGUUCCUGACCUACAACUGCCUCGCGAGCGAGACCGACCUGUACAGCGACUGUCUGCGCAGCUUCUGGACCUGCCCGCACUGUGGCCUCUACAUGCCCUUCACCCCCAUGGAGCGCGUGAGCCACGAGAGCGGCUGUCGGCCCCAGCCCCAGGAGGCUCCCCUGGAAGAGGCCGCUGAGAGUUCAGCCAAAGCAACUGCUCUGCAGAGACCUUAUCACUGCGAUGCCUGCGAGCGGGACUUCUUGUUCACGUCCACGGAGAUCCUGCGGCACAGAAAGCAACACCAGUGACGGCCAGGGUUGUGUGUCUGGGCCUAGCCCUGACAGGGGCCUAGUGGUCACAGCAGGGAGCUGGGUGUCAGGACUCCUGGGUUCUCUCCCCAGCUCUGGGAGGGCCCAUGGUCCUGCCCCUACAAAGCGCAUGGCAGCGCGUCCUGGCCGGACUCGCGGUGCGGGGUCGGGGUGGGAGCGGAGUCCUGCAGCGUGGCUCCCUCGCUGACUCCCAGGUUAGUUCGUUACGAGUCGCGUCGGCGGGUUCGUUACGGGGCAGGCAGAGACCCCUGCCUGCGGGUCUGUCAGGACCUUGCUCCGGUGCCGGUUGGCCUGGGCCUCUCUGGUGGGGCCAGAGGCCCUGCUCCGCCUGGCGGGGACACGUGUCGGGUGUUUGUACCUGUGAAUAAAUGUCCCUUGGUUGAGAGCGCAGCCCGCGAAUGGGGCCCGGGCCAUCCAGGGGAGGCUCUCUGGUACACAGUGGGCUGGAGGGGGUGGCACAAUGGCUCCUUCUGGCCCAGCAUCUCUGGGUCUGAUGGCCCCGAUGGGGAAACUCACCAGUGCUAACAGCCGCUUUGCCCUGUGCGGCGGGGGCUGGAACCCUCGCGUGGGCGAUGGGGCAGCCCAUACCUGGUGCAGCUCAGCGCCCUGCAGCCCCCCCGGGACACCCCCAUUCUGCGCCUGGUCUCUGCAGCAGCAUCGGAAUAGAUCCACGCAGGGCAAGCCUGCGUCUGCCCGGCUGGGAGCGGGAGUGGCAGCGGGCGAGGGCCUGGGCGGGAGCUGGGGCUGGGUGGUGCGAUGGGAUGCGUGGCAGAGAUGCGCAGCAGGAAGUCAGCAAGGCUUAGCCGGAGCUUGGGGGUUGGGCGCUGGGAGAGGCCGAGAUGGUGCCCCGGUGACAGGCUGAGCAAUGAGAGUGAGGGCGUGUGCAUGCGGGUAUCUCCGUGGGAUAGGCGUGUUCACAUGGGCAGCGUGCGUGCACACUGUCCAUCUGAGAUUGGAGUGUGGACGUGCCAGGAGACGGAGGUGCAGCCCAGCGAGUCGCUGGCUGGGAGGGCUGGCUUCUCUGGGCUCAGCUCUGCCAGAGAUGCUGCCUGGACUUUGCGUGGCCACGGGGUGGCAGCCUCGCUCUGUGUUUGCAGGAUUUGCUGGCGUGCUCCCAGCGCCUGCUCUGAGGUGUCCACGCAGGGUGGAGAGACAGGGACCUCCUGUGUUUGUCAGGCUCCUCAUUAGCAAUGGGUCACCUGUUAUUUAUUACAUAGAGGCCCCAUCGUGCCGGGUGCCUCCCCAUCCCCGACCGCAAUCAGGGCCCUGGUGUGCCAGGGGCCGCGCAGACGCAGAGCAAGAGACAGCCCCUCCCCUGAAGAGCCCACAGUCCCAACAGCCCUGCAGAAUGCACCAGCCCGGAGGACACAUGGCGCCCGGCGAAUCCUGUCCUGUUGGCUCUGGAGGCCUGGGCUCCGGGGCUUGGGGCUACCCUGCUCUCCUCUACAUCACUCCCAAGCCGGCUGCUCAGGAGCUUCUCGGGCUGGCCAGCUCCCCAGGGAGGCUGUGGUUCCUAGGAAUUGGGGUCUGAGAGGCAGAUCCCCUCCCGCACCUCCAGCCAUGAAAACAACCCCACCAAUUGGUGGGAUGGCCUUGAGUCUAAGCAGCCCCCCCCCCCCCCCCCCCCCCCCACGUUUCCCUGCUCUCCCGUCAGCCCCGUCUCGCUUGCCCUGUCCAUUGCGGGUUGAGAGUGUUGCAUUGUAUAGCACUGGGGCAGAGAGCACAGAGCGCCCCAGGGUGGGCAGGGCAAAAGGGUGUCAUAAAGGACACCUCAGAUCUAGGGCCACAUUUCACACUGGUACCCUUGGGCACAGACCACAAGCAGGGUCUAUUGGGUCAGGGAGGCUGGGAGCCAGGAUUCCUGGGUUCUAUCCGUACUCUGGGAGGGGAGUGGUACCUAGUGGUUUGUGGGGCGGGGCUGGGAGCCAGGACUCCUGUAUUCUAUGCCUGGCCCUGGGAGGGGAGUGGGGUCUUUGGAUUAGAGCGGGGGGGGGGUGGGAGCCAGGACUCCUGGGUUCUAUCCCCGGCUCUGGGCAGGGCAUGGGGUGUAGUGGUUAGAGCAGGGGCUAGACCUUGCUCCCAAAGGUAAUCGGAAUUAAUGUGCCCCUUUCUGUAACCCGCCCUCUGCAGCCCUGUCUCAUGGCGGGUUCACACUGGAGGUUUAUAUCCCUCUGCUGGCUGGGGAGACUGGGGCUAGUCCUUCAGCUCCUGUGGUUGCGGCUGCUGGGUGUCCCUGUGCCUCACAGGUCUCCGGGAAGAUGCCUGCCAGGGGAGGUGUGUGUUAGGGGGCAGCCGGCCCCAAUGCCUCGGGGUCACAAUGGGGAGAUGAUCUCUCACGCCCUCCAUCUGUCUCCUCUCCCCAGCGCCAAAUUCAGCCAAAGUUUUAGGCAUUCAAGUGUUAUUGAAUUGCUGAAGCUGUUUGAAACAGCCUGUCCCCUCAUGGGCAGCAAGAGACCCUACCAUAAACAAUCACGUAAACAAGGCAACCCAUGUAACAAGCACACC